AUGGUCAACUCCUGCUGUGGAUCCGUCUGCUCCAACCUGAGCUGUGGAAGGGGCUGCUGCCAAGAGACCUGCUGUGAGCCCAGCUGCUGCAGUAGUCCUUGCUGCCCCCCGACCUGCUGCCAGACCACUUGCUGCAGAACAACCUGCUGCCGCCCCACCUGCUGCAGGCCCACUUGCUGCCAGUCGGUCUGCUGCCGGCCUUCUUGCUGCCGCCCAGCCUGCUGUGUGUCCAGCUGCUGCAGACCCUGCUGCCCCCGACCUUGCUGCGUGUCCACCUGCUGUAGACCCUGCUGUCCCCAACCAUGCUGUGUGUCCAGCUGCUGCAGACCCUGCUGCCCCCAACCUUGCUGCGUGUCCAGCUGCUGCAGGCCCUGCUGCCCCCGGCCCUGCUGCCCCCGGCCCUGCUGCCCCCGGCCCUGCUGUUUGACUAGCUGCUGCCAGCCUUGCUGCCGCCCAGCUUGCUGCCAAACCACUUGCUGCAGAACCACCUGCUGCCGCCCAACCUGCUGUGUGCCCACCUGCUGUCAGCCUUGCUGCCCCCCAGCUUGCUGUCAAACCACUUGCUGCAGAACCACCUGCUGCCGCCCUACUUGCUGUACAUCAUCUUGCUGCUGA